ACUUGUGAGUGGAGCUGAAUAUGAUUGAUAUUAGAAGAAGCAAUGGUAAUAAUCAUAAGGCUCCUUUAAUCAGAUUGAAAUUAAAGGAAGUUUGGGCAAUUUAUUAACCUCUGAUUUGCCUAUAGUUUGCAAAGCUACAUAACAAAUCACAAAUAGGGCCUAUAAAGUAGGCUACUCAGAUCAUAUCUAUAAUAAAGCAGUUUAAUGUGAUUAAGUAAUGAUUUCUGUUACAGCAUAAGUGACUUCAAUUAAAAAUAUAUAAAACAAAAAAAAUCUAAAAAACAUAAAAAUUAAAUAAUAAUUCAUGUAAUGAUAUACAAGUGCCAGAAAGCAUUAACACAAAAAGUCCAGUGCUGGGCUGUACCUGUAAUAUGUCUUUUUAAAACUCUCCAAGGACAUUUUGAUUUUCUUUGUGUGUUUGGAUAAAAGACAUCUGUCCAGAACCGAGUGUAACAUAUAAGCCUGUGACAUAUGUUGUUCUUUCCUCUCUUACUAAGGUUCUUCCCUGAUCUGACCCUCUCCUUUAAUAAAUCCACAUCUUCAUUUAUCCCACCAUCUGUCUGUCACAGGGCUCUCCUACUAAUUUCUGCUUUAUAUAAUCUUCUCAAAUUCAUUCUCAUCCCAAAAGAAUUCUUGUUCUUGUUGACUGAUCCUUGUUUGCCCUUUAUAAACCAACUCUGCCUUCACUUUGGGUAGCAUGCUGGAGCACAUGUCCAGGCGUUCUCGCUCCCUGCUCUCUCUUUUCCUAACCUCCCUUGCCCUCGCGUUAUCUGUGCUGGCUUUCUGUACAUCUUACUGGUGUGAAGGGACGCACAAGGUGGUCAAACCUCUCUGCUUGUCACCUGUCAAGAUGAAGAACUGUGGCCAGAACAACAGUGAACCUUACGCUACAGAAAGCCCCACCCCAGAUCCACGGAACCCACUACCAACAUUAUCACCAAAGCGAAGGGAGGAACUAGCCAAGAUUCGACAAAGACAAUUGGCCAAUGCAGUGCACUACAUUUGGGAGACCGGAGAAGACAAGUAUACCUUCAGAUAUUUCCACACAGGAUUUUGGGAGUCCUGUGAAAAACAUGCUGAUGGAGAACGGUGCCGCCGGUUCUUGGAUCUUACUCCUGGAGAGACUCAUGGUGUUCUGUGGCUGUCAAUGAUUGCUGAGUUCAUGUACAUCAGUUUGUUGGGCAUGGGCUUUCUGCUCUUGUGGGUGGAAGUGUUGUGUGCUCGUAAAGAAAUGCAUGCACUCAAAAUCAACGCUUUCGCAGCCAUAUGUACAGUGCUCUCAGGACUGUUAGGGAUGGUGGCUCAUAUGAUGUACACCACUGUAUUUCAGCUAACUGUGAUCGUGGGUCCCAAAGACUGGAGACCUCAGACAUGGGACUAUGGCUGGUCAUUUGCGCUUGCAUGGGUGUCUUUCAGCUGCUGCAUGGGGGCUGCAGUUAUGACCCUUAAUUCUUACACAAAAACAGUCAUUGAGCUACGUCACCGCCAGAGGCUUCGAUUAGAGGAGGCCCGUGCUACAAGCCACGCUCCGUCCUACAAUGAGGUGGUCCCAGGUGGAGGGCUGUACUCCGUCAGUGGACUACUGCAGUGCCCAAAUGGGGUGAUAGACUCUAUGUGGGCAUCCAAUGGGAGCAUGGGACUGGUGCAAGAGAGGGAUGUGCCCACCCUGGUACUGGUUGGAGGAUGUGGACAAGAUUCGUGUGAGGACUGUGAGAGAGAGAUGGAUGAGAUGAAGGAGGCCAUGAAUGGAAUAGAUUCUCCUUGUUAAUUGUGGAUGGUGUGAGUUGAGGAGCUAGUUCACUCAAAUGUGUUAUUAUUUAGUCCCCAUCAUGUCAUUUCAAACCUAUAUGGCCUUCUUUUGUCUGUGGAACACAGAAGAAAAUAACUUGAAAAAUGGUAGCAAUCAAACAGAUUUAAAAAAAAAUUUUCGAUAUACCACUGAUGCCCAGUUGAUGGAGUUUUUUUUUUAAAGGGUGAUGAACUGCCUUUUUAUUAUUUUGUACUGUUCUCUGAGGUCCCCUUAUAAUGCAAUCAAGAUUUUCACAUUAACAAACAUCGUAAUUUAGAAGUGAUAGGCUAUUUUCUGUCCUGUUUUAACCCUGCUCAUCAGAAAGCUCUGUUUGAAUCGCUCUGGCGGAUUGUAGACUCUAUGAUUGGCAAACAGUUGUGUAUGUCUGACAGCCUGCGUCCUUCACAGAUAUACACUGCAGUGAUUUUGGUUUAAAAUGCAUAAAUGCUCUAUCACACGAUCUGUUAAACAGACAAAACAAUAGUGACCACAUAAUGAAAACACACACUUGUGUGUUGUGACAUUACUGUCGGAUCCAGCACAGCCGGUGUUGUGCCGAAUUCUGCACCCCUGCCAGAUUAUGCACCCCCUUGUUGAAGUCGCUACCUGAUUGCCUAAUCCUAACCCCUCCCCUAAUCCUAACCCCUCCCUCACAGCUACUCCUAAACCAACAAAUCCAAUGUGGUGCAUAAUCUGGCCGGCACUACACCGGUGUUGUGCCCAAUUUUGACCCCCUGCCAAAUUAUUACCCCCUUAGUAUUGGUAGGUUUAGCGAUUUGAACGAGGGGGGUAAUAAUUUGGCAGGGGGUCCAAAUUGGGCACAACAGCGGCACAGAAUCGUCUUUUAGUCUCAAUAUUUCCAAAAAUCCCCAGUCGAAUUGUGCCUUGUUUCUAAACAAAUCUGCGGUAAAAUGAAGUGAACAAAGGACCAAGUUCUUCCUGACAUGUUCUAGAACUGCUUUACGAAGUAAAUUAAUCCAAUAUUUCCUAACACUGCGAUCAGAAGAAAGGAAAUGCAGAUACAGUUUUUUUUUUUAACUUGCACAUCAUAUAGUUUUCUUCAAAGUAUCUUUAUCAUUUGAUUUCUGCGUAGAUCUAUGUGUUGACCUCUCUCAUAACAUGCAGGAAUCGAUGGGCGGGGCUAAACGGUCUUCUUCUGCAAGAGGUGGAGUUUAGUCACACUAUUACAUCAUAGAGUGGCACAUCCCACAAACUGUCAUUUUUGGCAGACUGGCUUCAAUAUAAGCUGAUUUUAGACUAACUAUAAAGUUCUGAGUUCUGAAAGUUGGAUGUUUUUUAUAGUACAAUGACUGUAAUUGUCUUUAAUACACUAUUGUUUCUUUUAUUUGGUUUUAGAAUUGACACCCAAGCCAUGACAAAUAAUACAAAAUAA